GUGGGGCCUGACGCAGUGGAGCGGCGGGGGCGCGGCGCCGCAGCGGCCGCCGAAGCGGAGGCGGAGGCGGGGCGCGGACUGGCCGGGGCGGGGCCGGCGGGGUCCCUCCCGGGCUGGGCUGACGGCUCCGGUCGGGGAACUUCAAUUUCGGAUGUGACCGCGAGCGGCAGUGGCAGUGGCGGGCCGGGUCGGGCGCGAGGUGGCCGUUAGGCUGGCAGGUAAAGAAGAUAGUGUGCUGCUAUCCAGUUGUGAUAGUUGAUCUCAUUUUACCAGUCUUCAAGACUUUUGUCGGAGUUAAAGUGUAGGUUGUGACAAUGACAACUGAAGUUGGCUCAGAGACUGAAGUGAAGAAAGCUUCUGAGCAGGCGGGAGCAGACAAAGCCAAGGACAAGCCUGAAGAAGCAUCAGAUAUUCCAGAAAAUCAAAAGUCUGGAAAAACAUCCUCUGAAGAAGCUUUAGAGUCUUCCUCUGUCCCAGUGCCAACUGGCCAAAGCAGCCCAAGUAGCCAGAAGAAGGAAAAGGAUUUGUCUGAAAGCAAGGGUAUUUCUCGUUUCCUGCCCCCAUGGCUUAAGAAACAAAAAUCCUACACCUUGGCAGAGCCUAAAGAUGAGGCCAAGCCUAAAGAUGAGGCCAAGAGAAAGGCUGUAGGGGAAGACCAAGGAACUAAAGAAAGUGAAUGCCAGCUUCCAGAGGAGGUGGCUCAGCCAAAAAGGAGCUUAGAAGAAGCAGCAACUGAAAAUCAGCAUAAUGCUAAAGGAGAUGAGAAAGAGGAAAAGCACUCUGUUAGCAGUGCUGAAACACAGCCUGCCAAGGAAGAUGGUAAAGAAAUGGAAGCUGAAAAAGUUGCUGAGGAAAAGGAAGAAAAACAAGUAGAAAAAGAAGAAAGGGAGACCAAAGAGGUACAGGCAGGUGAAAUUAAAACGGAGAACAUUCUCCAGAAGUCUCCCAAGAAAAUUAAAACUGUGCAGUGUAAAGUGAUGCUCCUGGAUGGCACAGAAUACAGUUGUGAUCUAGAGAAAAGAGCAAAAGGCCAGAUGCUGUUUGAUAGAGUAUGUGAACAUCUCAAUUUACUGGAAAAAGACUAUUUUGGUCUGUUGUUUUAUGAGAAUUCGGAUCAGAAGAACUGGCUAGAUCCUUCGAAGGAAAUCAAGAGACAAAUUCGAAGUUUACCUUGGCUAUUCACCUUUAAUGUGAAGUUUUAUCCUCCUGAUCCUUCACAGAUGACUGAAGACAUCACCAGAUAUUUCUUGUGCCUGCAGCUUCGUCAGGAUAUUGCUUCCGGUCGACUGCCAUGUUCAUUUGUGACUCAUGCCCUCCUUGGUUCAUAUACUCUGCAAGCUGAACUAGGCAAUCAUGACCCAGAGGAGCACCGCAGUGAUUAUUUCAGUGGAUUCCAAUUUGCGCCCAAUCAAACUCAAGAAAUGGAAGAGAAAGUAGUUGAGCUACACAAAACACAUAGGGGCUUGACUCCAGCACAGGCAGAUUCUCAAUUCCUAGAAAAUGCCAAGAGACUCUCCAUGUAUGGAGUGGAUUUACAUCAUGCCAAGGAUUCCGAAGGUGUGGAUAUCAUGCUAGGUGUAUGUGCUAAUGGACUGCUCAUUUACAAAGACAGACUCCGGAUCAACCGCUUUGCUUGGCCAAAAAUUCUGAAAAUUUCCUAUAAGCGAAGUAAUUUCUACAUCAAAGUCAGGCCAGCAGAACUGGAACAGUUUGAGAGCACUAUUGGGUUCAAACUGCCAAACCAUCGGGCUGCUAAAAGGUUAUGGAAAGUUUGUGUGGAGCACCAUACUUUCUUCAGACUUAUAUCACCAGAACAGCCACCAAAAGCAAAGUUUCUAACUUUGGGUUCAAAGUUCCGCUACAGUGGACGUACACAAGCACAGACGCGACAGGCUAGCAACCUCAUAGACAGACCAGCUCCGCACUUUGAGCGUACUUCAAGCAAACGUGUUUCCAGAAGCCUUGAUGGAGCUCCCAUAGGUAUCUCAGACCAAAGUCUGCUAAGAGACUUCUCUACUGCCAGAGGGGAGCCUGCUGGAGAUAAAGUCAUUGACAUUGAAGGUGCUGGUCAGGCCAAGUUAAAAGAAGGCAGCAGAGAAGAAAGUGGAAGCCCAGUCAAAACUCCACAGUUAGAAUUGAUUCAGGAUGGAAAGAACAAUUCCGUGAGAGUAGACGGGGAAAAUAUUUAUGUCAGACAUAGCAAUUUAAUGUUGGAGGACCUGGAUAAGACCCAGGACGACUUACUGAAACACCAGGCUAGCAUUAGUGAGCUCAAGCGCAAUUUCAUGGAGUCCACGCCUGAACCACGCCCAAAUGAGUGGGAAAAGCGGCGUAUCACACCUCAGUCCCUGCAGGCACACGGGAAAAAAGGAGACUACAUUUUCCAAGUGAAAACACUGCCUGUGAAGGAGAAGCAAUGGACUGCAAUGCCAUGGACUGCUGAAGCAAAACCAGAGGAGACUGACAAGAGCCUAGAAGAAGAGAUAACGUCAAUUUUGUGUAGUAAAGAGGGCUUUUCCUUCGCCGCAGCCGGCGUGCGGACAGCAGAGGGCGCUGCCGGGAAGGCCGAGGCCGCCGCCGCGCCGCUGCCCCAGAGACAUGGUUCCAGAGCAGAAGGGCCUUGCACUGGAGUCAGCGAUGCUGAUAAGAGUUCAGAUGAGACUCUGGACAUAGUGGAGGAGAAGAAGCAGGCAGAGGUUGGGAGAGAAGAAACAGUAGUCAUAGAUGAAACCAACAAAGGGAAAAUGCAAGUUGCCACUGAUGCUGGGGAAACAUGUAAGGUGGAGCACCUGUCAAAAAAGGACUCAUCAUCAUUGCCAUCAGAUAGUAGCAGCAGCAGUAGUAGUGACAGUGAGGAUGAAGAGGUGGGAGAAUACCAGCCACAUCAUAGGGCAAUUGAGGAAGUCAUCAGGGAAGAACAAGAAGAAGAAGAUAAGAACAGAAAAAAAGAGCAUGAAGAAAAGAUAAUGCAGCAUGUAGAAGCUACAACAGAAGGCAGUAAACUAAAUGUACCAGUUGAGCACACAGCUCAAGUUACAGCUGAAGCUUUGGUCCGGGAAAAUGCAGUUACCAUAGCUACAGAAGAGAAGAAUUUCUCAGAGGACAUGAAGCAAGACUUAGGUGAAGAAAAAGAAGAGCAGCUCAGACUGAAUGGAGAUGUGUCUCAUGUUGACAUUGAUGUUGCACCACAAAUAAUUUGUUGUUCAGAGCCUCCAGUAGUGAAAACAGAGAUGGUAACCAUUUCAGAUGCUGCACAGAGAACUGAAAUCUCCACUAAGGAAGUUCCAAUUGUUCAAACAGAGACUAAAACCAUCACAUACGAAUCUCCACAGUUUGAUGGCAGUACAGGUGGCAAUGCUGGUAUGCUGCUGAGUGCACAGACAAUUACAUCAGAAUCAAUUUCUACUACUACAACUACACACAUCACAAAGAUGGUAAAAGGUGGGGUAUCAGAAACAAGAAUUGAGAAGCGCAUUGUCAUUACUGGAGAUGCAGAUAUUGACCAUGAUGAGGCCCUGGCACAGGCAAUCAAAGAAGCCAAAGAACAGCACCCUGACAUGUCUGUCACAAGAGUAGUGGUGCACAAAGAAACUGAACUUGCUGAGGAAGAUGACGAGUAAAAUCAAACUGCAAUCAAGCAAGUACUUCAGAAAUAAAAAUAAUACUGACCAUGAUCAUGACCAUGAAGAACUGUGACCAUUCCAAGCCAUCGCUACUCUACCGAAUUCACCAAGCCUAGCAGUGAGGACCAGACAUUCAAGACUGAAAUGCCAAUACCAAACGUGAAUUUAACAUCUUUGGUCUAUAUUCGCUUACAGUCUUACUUGUUUAUUUUUUAUAACCACUUCUUAACAAUCUUAGAUUUUUUUUUUAUGAAGUUUUAGAGGGUUUCAUCUUUUUUGCAUAGAUACUUGCCAUUUUUUGAAGCUGAUUCUUGAUUAUAUGAAAGUGAACAAAAAUUAUAAUCUGGUAAGCAUUGUUCACUGGAGCAGGUGGUAAUUGUGCAGAAAGGAGGAUCUUAACUAAUUUAGAUAUAGUUUUUUCUUUUUUUCAAAUAUUUCAAGUGAAAUCUCUUACUGGAGUAAUUUACAGAAUUUUUUCAGAUUAUUCAGGUAUCACAUAACAUAUAUGGUAUCACAUAACAAAGUUUUUUAUAACAGUAAAACAUUUCCUAAAAUUUGACAAAAUAUAUUUCUUUGGAUAAAUUUUAUACUGCUAUCUCUGUAACUCCUUCUGUUUUAAGGAUCUCCUCCUCUCUGUGGGACAGAGAUAGUGUGGCAGUCUGUAGAGGAAAAGGAGCACGCAGAAAUUUCUUCUGACUGAGCACUGUGUUUUGAAAAUCUUUUGCACUUUGGUGCCAAUGCUCAACUUUGUAGACACUUUGCAGUCUGCAACAUUCCAGAUAAGGAAAGAAAGAAGAACAAAGUAUCUUUCUCUUCUUCCAACAAGGGAUGACCUAGGCAGCUUAAAACCUUAGUGCUUUUUUUCUUACUGUGUCCAAAUUUCAACACUUCCAUUAUUUGAAUACGUGUGGAAUACUCGCUUUCUGUUAAACAUCACUGUCUACAUGUUAGAAUUGACAUUUCUGUUACUGAAAAGGUAUACGUUUCAGAUACUUUGUCUAAUGAUUAAUGCAGGUUUUUAGGAUGCUGAGCAAAACUGAGUGAUGGAUUCCAUUCAUAAAGUAAUAAGACAGUAACAUUGUUUGAUGCAUACUGCCAUUGAGAAAACCUGUUAAUGAUGUUGGAUUAUAUUUUUAUUUUGGGCAGUAUCUUUUUCUUUUCUUUUUUUUUUCCCCGCUGUUGACUCUGUGUAUAGUUAAAAUGCCAAAUUAGAUUUAUAGCAGCUUGAAGUUCUAUUAAGUGAUAUUUUUCUUUCUGUAAUUCUGUUUAUAAAAUAAAGUUGUUUAUUCUCUACUUGA